CUACAUUCAACUCAAAAGAGAAAAGAGAGAAAAAAAAAAGUAGUAUUCCUCGAAAAAUGGAAAUACAGCAUUCGCACACAAAUGACCCCCUUUUCCGCGGUUAAUCCAAACACAAAUUAUAAUUUCAAAAUUCUGAGUUCUGUUCUGUUCUGUUCAUGGAUUUCUCAGCUUGCCCUAUUUGUAAUUUCAGCGUUCCGACUCACGAACUACAGAGACAUGCGAAUCAGCACUUUCAUUGAUGAAGAUGAGGCGAGAGAUAUCGAGUUCGCGCGCCGAAUCGCUCUUCUUCCGCCCAGUCCAUCUCCAGCUAAUAAAGAUUUUUCAAUUUGUGAGCUAGCCUCUUGGGAUAGCCCUCCGAGCAGCUCUUCUGGUAUUGAGUGCCAAGGUAGCUACAACUGCAAGUGGAGGGAACCAUAAUGAUCACGCACGAGUUUCUCUAGUCCUCUCACAGAAACAGGAGGCAUUCUACAAAAUUGAAGGUGAUUUGAUGAUUAUGCUGAGAAAAUGUUUGGAAUCAGAAUCAGGAAGCUCAAGAACUGUAUUGUGUGGGUAUAUUGAUCAUUUUCAGAGCACUGUAUCCCAUGAUGUUGGUUGGGGAUGUGGGUGGCGUAAUAUCCAGAUGCUCAGCUCUCACUUGAUCAAACAAAGACAAGAAGCAAGACAAGUCCUUUAUGGUGGUUCUGGGUUUGUACCUAAUAUUGAAUCACUUCAGAGAUGGCUUGAACUUGCCUGGGAAAAAGGUUUCGACCCCCCUGGCUCAGAUGAUUUUGAUCGGAAAAUCUAUGGCACAGAGAAAUGGAUUGGGACCACCGAGUGUGCUGCACUAUUCCGUUCCUUUGGUCUGCGUGCCAGAAUUGUGGAUUUUUCUACUAGGAAAGCCACAGAGGUUUAUGGUCCAAUGGACAGGUUUCUUUCAAAGGGGAAAGUAGGCUCUUCAGUCUCAGUAUCCUCUGGGAAAGAAAGCUAUAGAGAUUCUAGUGUUUUACCCGGGAUUCAGGGUAAGGGUCAUCAGGUUCUUGCUCGGUGGGUUUGGAAAUACUUUUCUAGCAGCAAUGCGGAUAGAUCAGGCAAUCAUCGCGUUGUUCUUAGUGAGAAAUCGCCACUGUACUUCCAACAUGAUGGCCAUUCAAGAACCAUUGUUGGCAUUCAAACUAAGUCUGAGAGGAACGGGAUGCAGCAGUACAACUUACUAAUUCUGGAUCCUGGUGAAAGAACAGGAGCUCUGGAGAAAUCUCUGAGGGAAAAUGCUGGUUGGCAGAAAUUGAUAAAGAGAGGCACGCACACUUUGAAGAAGCCGCAAUACCAGUUAUGCUAUAUUGAUCCUGGAAUUGCAAGCGGGGAAGAGUUGGAGGAGCUCAAGGACAUCCACAGUGUCCUUCAUGAGUUGUAGAAAAUAAUCUUGAAAUUGAACAAUGUUAUCUACCAAGUACUUUUUUGUCGGUGGACAAAAGAUGCCUUUGCUUCCAUGUAUACUUGUAAAUCAAGGAACAAAAAAUGCCUUUGCUUCCAA